UGUACUGGUUCAUUCUCCCAAAAAGGAAGAAAUCUUCGAAACAAUGGCAGCAAAAAGAAUUUACUCAUUAAUCUUUCUCUUCUUGUUUCUAUUGGCGUUCAUAGCUGUAAUUGUCAGCGCUGAACCUGGUCCAGUAGAAGAUGCGUACUGGAAAAAACGUGAAGCCGAUGCUCAGAAUGUAGCCGAGCAAUCUGUUGAACCACAUCCGGAGCAAGUGACCGAGGAAUUGAAUACUAAUGUUGGCCAGCUUGUAUCAGAGCAAGACAAGCAUCAUUGAAGGAGCUUGCUGGUGAAACAUGUAAAGAAUUCAAAUCAUGGCCUUCAGUGAUGCACUUAACUAUAUAAGAUAGAUCUGUUAGCGUCAGUACGUUGCUGCAUUUUUAGUUUGAAAUUCCUUUGUAUUCUUAACGGUCAAUCCUUCUGUUUCUGUUUCCUUGCUCAAUCUUUAUCUCUUCUUCUGCUACAAUUGAUUGACGAUCGAUGAAGUUUUGCAGUAAAAAUCGUUGUUUCAUUUGUUUCACUAAUUAAAGAAAAACGUAUAUGGCCUCAUAA